UACUCACUGCCUUCUCGUGGUGAGAGUGUUGCUUACGAAAUUGAAAGGACGAAAAGCGAAUGUAACCGGGCCGGUGGACACAGUGAGUCCUCCUAGGGGAGUUGGAAAAGCCUGAUUCCAAACCAAUAGUGCACAUGGGCUCCAGUAUCCUCAGAGAACAAAUGACGUAUGAAUCAAUCAUUGGUCGCCGGCUGCCAUGGGACUGAAUCUCCUCACGAUGCUCCACUGCCUUGUGGAUCAGACCUUUAGGUCGAAGGCUCCGGGUGUGGCCCCCUAUGAAAACCACCUGCUUCGAUCUGGGUUCCUGUGCAGUAUCACAGGUCACACACAAAUAAAAUGAAAUGACGAUAUUUACUGAAAGUAUUAUUCACGCUUCGAUUAAAAUUCAAAAAAUUUACAUUAUUGUUAUUUUUCCGUCGCUUAUUCACUCUUUUUUAUUCCCACUUCGUGUAUCCUUAUUUUUCAACAUAUACAGCUGCCCUCCUUUGAUGGAAACUCUGUUUCAUCCAAACGAUCUGGAGUCACUGACUGGUCCAAAAUCGAAUGCUACUACCGAAUACGAAUACUGAAAUAGUUUUUCUGAAACCAUGUGCACCAUUCAAACUGGUUUUCUUUCAAAUUCACCAUAUUUUUGUACAUUCAUUAUCUGACGUCGUUCAAAAUGUCGAUGUAAAUGGUUCUCAUCCAUCUGUAUCAUUAUUAUCAGCUUCCAACUUAUCCUCACCUAAAAAUGAGCCGAGUGCAAAUCAAACCACACAGGCUAAAUGGCAGUAUUUAUGUCCAUAUAUGAAGUACAAAUGUAGUGAGUUACCAGGUUAUUGUCUUAUAUGCAACUUCAAUACUUCAUGUGUUUAUGGUACGGUAGUCAAUGUUACUUGCUUUCCUCGUCCAGGAGUUUAUUGCAAAGUUCCAAGUGGUAUAGCUCAAGAAAACCAAACUUCUCAAACGAAUUCAUCAGAGUUUUCUUAUCCUAUGAGUGAUCAAACAAAUUACAUAAUUCAAAAACCGAUUGUGUGUCGAUUUUGCCACCAGUUGGAUGAUACUGAGAUUGUUUGUAUCGGUCGAACUAACUGUCGUCAACCUAAUGUACCUCGGAGCUUUUAUGAAACGAAAUGUGAACCAUUUCCUCAUAUAUUAUGCCUAGGACGCAGAGUAUUCAGGCGUAUGGUACCUUGUGAUUGGUCUUCUGGUAAAAGUUAUGUACUAACUGUUAUCUUAAGUUUAUUUUUCGGAGGUUUAGGAGUUGAUCGUUUUUAUUUAGGCAUGUGGAUAGAAGGAUUAGGCAAAUUGUUCAGCUUCGGUGGUCUUGGUUUAUGGAGUAUUGUUGACUUUAUCUUAAUUGUAUCCGGAUAUGUAAAGCCUCCUGGAGAUGCUGUAUACUGGUGAUAUAAUAUGAAGCAAUAGGGAAAUAACUCACCCAUAUAAUUCAAGCUAAUUUAUUAUUUUUACUAUCUUCAAUAAGUUCAACAACUAUUUCGUGCUUUAAUUCUUCCUGUCUUCAAUAUAUAGUUAUGUCCUCCAAGAGUUAGUUUCUAGUACUUGAACAUAUAUUGAUAACUUUUAUAUUUUUUUUAUGUAUUUAUUGUUGGUUCUUCUGGAAAUGUAAUCUUCAAUCGUCUUUUUUUUUCUGCAAAUAUUCAUCGUUAUCCUAAUAAUUUUCAUUUGAAUCAGAUGGUAUUGUUUGUCAGUAGUUUGGAAUUAAAAUUUUUUUUGUCUUUAUUGGUAUUAAUUCAAUUAACACUGUUCGAUUUAGUGAUAAACAGAUUAUCUAUCAAUAUUAUAAUAUUAUAUCUAUAUAACAUUAUUAUUGACAGUUCAAUUAACACUAGUCAUCAAUUGGUUACUUAAUAUAAAUUUCGUUUAAUUAUUGUUCCAAAGAUUCCUUCUGUAUCGUUGUACUCUAGGUGUUGCGUUUUAAAAAAAAUGCUCUAACAAAUUAAACUUACAAAAUCAUUAUAGGGGAUUCAAUACAUAAUUGUCUUUGUGUCUCAAACCUUUUACUUUUUGUCUACUUAUCGUGCUAGGGAGACGUAAAACAAACAUAAUAUAAUACUGCCAAGUCAAGGUUCCAAUAGAUUGCAAUCUGCUAUACCUCUUAAGUGAUAAUAAGCGGUUGUUCGAAGUAUCUUUCUCACGAUUAGUUCCCAUCAGUGCGUAAUUUUAUUGAGUAAGAGUCGUUUCGUAAGUUUUUUGGCCACUGCUUUUCUCGAUAGAUAUAAACCUUAACGGUCUAUGAAAUUAUUCUGUGCAUCAAUAUAUUUUUUCUUACUUCAUGACCACGAAGUAUUAUGUAUAUCGAAUUCAGAAAUCGGGUCAUACGUUUUCUAAAUAUUUCUCGCCUGUAAUGGAGUGACCGAACAAACUAUUGAUUUCAGGCACGGAUAGCCAGGUAUGAUACUAUGGAAUUUAUUCAAAUGAUGUGGUUGGUGCGUCCGUUUACUAUGGCACUCAGCUAAAUUUAUCAGCAUUUAAAUUUAAUGUUCAAUUAUCAUAUUGUUGAUCAAGAUAUAGAUAAAUUCCGUAAGCGAAGAUAACUUACCCACUCAUUGGUGUUAAUUAUUCAGUAUCUGGAAACCUAAGUGCUAAUGAUUUAAGUAGAACCGAUUAACAAUAGAGUUUGUAGCUUUAUUUAGUUAGUAUUUUAUGGAAAUUGCUUAUGUCAACGUAAAAGCUAGUUCCGUACGAUUAACGUAAACUUACCCUUUCAAAGUGUAGUUAAUAAGACAAAUAUAAUUUAUAUAUAGAAGAAAAAUGUAAUCCUCUUCGAAAAAGAUUGAUUUAUGCACUUUUGAUAAACAAUUGUUCUUGAAUGUGUAUUUCGAUUCAAAAUGAUUUCAGUGUUGUCAUUUUCUCCGAGGUAGAUCGUUCAGUCAUGAAACUUUCAUUAAUUUUUUUCAUAGUUAACCGAAUGCGGCAAACUUUUUAAGUAAAUAUGGAUUAAAAUCAAAGUAACAAAACGAGAUACGUGCAUCGAGUGAUGUAAUGUAUACUGAAUAUUGAUAUAAAUAUUACAAAAUAACUGUCAACCUCACACGAUUUUGAUCAUUCCAUAGAAAAAAUUUGUCAUAAAAUAAUAAAUCCUGCACAUUCACAAAAAUUGUUUAUUAUUUUUUUAUUAUCAAAAGGGGUUUUGUGGAGAUUUAGUA